UCCUUACCUACCUGCCUACCUGCCUACUGUUAUAAAUUCUAUCUUACCUUUUUUUCCAGUAUGUGCCACCACUAGGAUCGAACUCUCGAUCUCUAGCUUGCCAGUCCGUUACCUUAACCACUCUGCCAUCCACACAUUGCGAUGGAAGACACGGUUUAGAAACUAAUUUUAUAACUGUGGCGCCUCUUGGGAAAUGAACAACAAUACAAAACUCCACGCAAGCGCAGUCACCAAAGCGUGUUUGGUUAGCAAUGGCUGCUAGCGUCUGUGUCGAUGCAGACGAUUUCUACUCGAAAUUAGAAGAAUUAAAGGAAAAAAGUAAGUCUGGCAAAAGCAACACAACAUUAUACAUCUGUGACGAAUUUUACGAGAAGGCCAAGCAAUGGCUGAAAUGUACGACGCCAGAAAAGAAGAAAGACAUCGCACUGUCGGACUAUGAUAAGUUGAAAAUCAUUCGCAAUAAGUGGAACGUUGACGAGGAAGGAAGAGUCAUUGAUGCCAAGGGAAAGUACGUUGUACAUAAAUCGACCAUCCACGAUGUCCUCUCGCAAGCUCACAAAGCAAUCUGCCACCGAGGGAGGAAUAAAACUGCCAAGUAUCUCAGUGAGAAUUAUAGUAACCUACCUAAACAAAUCAUAACAUUAUUUACCUCCAUAUGCAAAUUGCAUCAAGAACAAGCCAGCCUCACCAACUAUUGCAAGAAGCCGGUGACAAAACCUAUUCAGGCAGAUGGGUUUUUGAGCCACCUGGAAAUGGAUUUAAUUGAUUUUCGUAAGAUACCCUGCAAUUGUGGACGGAGGCAUUUAUGGGCUCUUCAUGUGGAAGAAGAUGAAAGUGGAAUCAUCAUUGAGACAAGAGCACAAAAGCAAAAACGUGAAAAUGACCAAGUGUUUGAAAACCAGGCAGGUUAUAAUCGGAAAAUGAAGGAAACACUACCAAGAAAGCUAAACUUUCAAGAAAAUGAUUAUGUUUCUGUAAAGAUCAAUGUAGUCGAUAAAGGUCCGCUACAUCCAAACUCCCUUCUUGCUACGAUAAUAGAGAAAGCAAAUGGCAAUGCAAGAAUUGUCACUAAAUUUGGUGUGAUUGAUUCAUUAAUUUCCCUGAAUAGAUUGAACAAAAUUGCCAAGCACAACAUAGUCUUUGACUAUUCCACAGAGGUCUCCCUUACGAGAGCGCCAAAGAUGACGCACCUUCAAUGACCCACAUGACUGUAAUGGCUGUAUGAAUGAGUAGAACGACAGUACCACUUAUUAUUAGAUUCCUGUAUUCACAACGAUUAAAGCUGCUGUCAUCAAA